AUGGGCUCUAACGACUUUGGAGACCUUGGCAUCGGGGUGCAAGGAAAGGUGCCUCCGAAAGACUUUCAUGUCGUCCAGAUGGAUGCUUUGGUCGUACGCUCCAUCGUGGCUGGCCAGCGCCAUGUUCUCGUCUUGCUGGAAAGCGGUGAGGUCAUCGGUUGGGGUGCGUCGAGGCAUGGCCAACUCGGCAACACAGUCGAAAAACCAUGCGUCAAUCUACCUACGAAUAUCCCAGUUGGAACAGGGGUCGUAUCUAUCGCUGCUGGCCACCAUCACACGGUUUUUCUGCACCAAUCUGGCGAAGUUACUGGCUGGGGAUCGAAUCGAAAGCAUCAACUUAACUGUCUAAGCGCCAUUCGUAACGCGGGAGGAGUACAUUGUACCUGGAACGGAAGCUAUGUGGUAACGAGCGAUGGGUACAUCCAUUCCACCGGCAACAGCAUUCACGGCCAACUCGGGCGUGAACUUGAGGGACACACUCGUGUCCAGCUACCUGGCCACGGGCUGGUCCAAAUCGCGUGUGGAAGCGAGCACGUGCUUGCCGUUCUGCGGGGAAAAGACGGCCAGUUUGAAGUGUGGGGGUGGGGCUGGAACGAACACGGGAAUAUCGGAACUGGUGCCACAGAAGAUGUGCGACUUCCUCAAAAACUGUGCUCCUUUGACUCGCAUCGCCCCUCCAUCGACAAGCCAACUCAAAUCGACGCGCUCCAUCUUGCCACUAUGAGCACACGGAGAAAGCUUGGCAAGCGCUCUUUCACAGGAAACCACUCGUUACUCCCAGCUGCCGGUCCAGCGCCGACACCGUUCGCCCCGCGACUCCCCACAUAUACUUUUCUCAAGUGGACAUUUGGGAGGGGGAGUGUAAUAUGGAAAAUCUGGCCUGCAGUUCUUCUACACACCGCAUUCGCGGCCACGAUAGUCUACACAUGGUAUGCCACGGGGGAGACCAUUGAGAUUCCGAACGCAAUGCUAACUGUCCUCGGGGUGGUCAUUGGUUUCGUCAUCUCCUACCGCGCAAGCAGUGGCUAUGAUCGCUAUUGGAUGGGGCGCUCAGCGUGGUCAGACGUGAUUCGCAACUCACGCACGAUGGGGCGGCUGAUUUGGUACCAUAUCCCGCCUCGUUUGACCCCUGGGCCGGGUGAACGCAGCGCCCACGAGUAUGCAAAAGUCAUGGCUGAGAAACGCAUGGCGUUAGAUCUCAUCGAGGCUUACGCCGUUUCUCUGAAACAUCAUCUUCGCGGAGAGUUAGGAAUCUACUACGACGAUUUGUACAACCUCGUCAGACCACUGCAUGAUUUUACCGACCCAAAUGUUCCCCGUCCAACAAUAGCAUCAGCUGUUCCACCCACACCUCCGCCAGCUGCCCCUCCGCCCCUCUCCAUCCCGACACCCCCGCCUGCUGCUGAAUCAGCCUCAAGUUCUGCGAUUUCGGCAUCGACUGCACAGCCCUCCAAGCCAAACAAGCUCACAAAGCGGCCUCCCAAUCCUUCUCAAGUCUCCAUCCACCAACCACUCCUCCCCGCGCAAGACCACCGCAUCGCCCACCAAGACAGCGUUAUGCGGCGCGUCAACCCUGAUAUUGUGCCGUUCGCGGGUGUUAUUUCCGCCGUCACUGGCUGGUUCCGUGGGUUCUGGAAGGAAAACAAGGCGGACAUGGACGGUCACCGCCAGCGCGACCGCUCCAGUCGGAUGCGUACUUGGAGUGGGCCGAUUCACCCCCAUGGGCUUGCAGAGUUGGAAGAGUUCCAGAAGGGGGAGAAUUUGCCAGAGGAAGUGCUGAGAUGUCUGUCCGAAUGGAUCAGUGUGCUGGAGGAGCGCGGGACCGUCCCUGGCGCGAGUCUGGGGAGUAUUUUGGGCGGAAUACAGGCGUUUGAAGUGAGCUUGACAACACUGGAGCAUAUUUUGACCACCCCACUGCCUUUUGUCUACUCUGUCCACAUCCGACACGUCGUUUGGAUCUACCUCUUCCUCCUGCCUUUCCAGCUCGUUGGCAUGUUCCAAUGGCACACUGUUCCCGCCGUCAUGGUCGGCAGUUUUGUCUACCUCGGAUUUGUUGCUGCUGGUGAAGAGAUCGAGCAGCCGUUUGGGUACGACGACAACGACCUCGACCUCGACAUGUUCUGCCGCGACAUCAUCCGGCAGGACAUACUCUGUCUGAAGCAGGCCCGGUGUCUGAACGCGUGGUUCCCGCCCACAGCGAACAUCAUCCAGCCAAAUACUGAGGGCUUGCUUUCCCCGCCUGAUGCGCACCCGCCGGCGGAAGGCUCGGUGUCGACGUUGGCCACUGCUUAUGGCGGGAAUAUGUACCGUGCGUCGCUGGCGAGCCUUUCGGACUCGGUCGACGAGAACGGGGAGAUGCCUGAUGAGGAGGACGACACGGAGACUGAGGCUGAAGCUGAAGCUGAGGCUCAGCCAAAUGGAGGGACGAGCGAGGGAAAGCUGGUGGACGUGUCAUGA